CAAAUUCAUAAUAAAAAGAAAAAUAUAAAGAAAACAAUAAAAUUGAGAUUUUAAAAUUUAUUUACACUACAAAACAACAACAACAUCAUCACCAUUGAACUAUGACAGGUAGUCAGAAGAAACAGACAAAAACAAAAAUAUUGGAAAAAGACGCACACAAAAUACAAACGAAUUUUAUGGCAAAAGCAGAAAAAAGAAAAACACAAACAUACAUUUUAACUAGUGAAUAACAAACAACAUUUUAACUUUGCAAGCAGCGUUAAAAGCAGCAGCAGCACAUAUUAUUUUGUAAUUCUGCUUUGCUUUAUUUUAUUAAAUUACAAAAUACACAUUAAAUAUUUAUAAAUUCCAGUAAUUAAACAAGUUGGCAAAAUUAAUUGAAAAUAAAAAGUAAUAAAACAAAUAAGUUUGCAUAAUAAACGAUAAGCAAAUAAGAUUGAAUGAAAAUUUUAACAAAACACUUUACAAGUGCAAAAUAGUAGAAUAUCAAACAAAAAACGAUUAACGAAACCUGAACAAAUUAAAAUUAAACCAACAACAAUUAUAUCGAAAAGUUUAUAAAAAAGUUGAUAAGCAUUUCUUUAACUUUAUAACUAUACAAACAUAUUUAUAACAUUCUAAAAAGACUUCAAAAGUAAAAACAAAUUAAGCUAAACAAUGCAGCCAGUUUAAUAAAACAAGCAAAAAAACCUGUGGAAUAUGAUAAGAAUGUAAGAAAGCCAGAAAAUUGAUUGAACUUAUUUUGACAGAAAAAUAAAUUAGUUUUACAUAAAACCCCCAAAAGAUAUGAACAGUAGAAGGGUCUUUUGAAACUAAUAGUGCAAUAUUAUAAAACCUAAAACAAAUCUAACUGAAUGUUAGCUAAACAACUUUAAAGAGACUUUUGAAAAAACAUUCCUUUAUUACCCAUUAACAAAACCAUGGAACUAUUACAACGUUUAUUUUACACUUUUGUGGGUACGGCUUCUUUUCUGUAUUUUGUGGUUAAAGUAGCUUUGGGUUAUUGGAAACGUCGUGGUAUUUUACAUGAAAAACCUAAAAAACCUUGGGGUCAUUUAAAAGGUGUCGGUCGCAAACGUCAUAUAGCUGAAGUUUUACAAACUCUAUAUGAAAAGUACAAAGGUCAAGCACCAUUUAUAGGAUUUUAUGCUUGGCUUAAACCUAUGCUACUUAUUUUAGAUAUAGAUUCUAUAAAUUAUAUUCUAAAUAAAGAUUCGAAAUAUUUUAUGGAUAGAGGCCUAUACAGCAAUACCAAUGAUGAUCCCUUAACAGAAAAUCUCUUACAUAUGGAUGGCAUUGAGUGGCAGCAUUUAAAUUUAAAAGCUAAAGCAUUACAAUGGCCCGAGAAAAUGUCAAAUAUUUUCACAGCACUUUUAAAAGUACAGCAAACUUUUGAUAAAUCUCUGCAGGAAAAACUAACGGAAACUGAUGUAGUUCACAACAUAACCCAACUGGUGGAAGGUUUCAAUAUAGAUGUCAUAUCUUCAUUAGCAUUUGGCCUAGAAGGUGAUUCACUACGCUAUAAGGAAACACAAUUUCAUAAAAUGUGUAAAAAUUAUACACAACAAAAUAAUAAUAUCUAUAAAGCUUAUUUGGCUUUCUCUUUUCCUCGCCUAGCAAGGCUAUUACAAUAUCGCCUAUAUUCGCCAGAGGCCACUAGUUACUUUCAAAAACUUAUCAAUGAUAAACUAUACGAACGUGAAUAUCAACGUUCUCAGCAGACACCAUACGAUUUUCUACAAAUUUGGAGUGAUUCACGUAAAAUAAGUACAAGUAUGGAGGCGUUUAAAAAACUUGAUUGUUCCGAGAUAGCGGCUCAAGCAUUUACAUUUAUACCAGCUGGACUGGAGGCGUGUACAACAACUGUGUCGUGUUGUCUUUAUGAGUUGGCUUUACAGCCGGAUAUACAGGACAAGGCAAGAUGUGAGAUAAUUGAUGUUUUGCCAAAAUAUCAAAAUAAAUUGACACUUGAUGGUCUUAAGGAAAUGGUGUAUUUGAAGCAGAUUUUAAAUGAAACCCUUCGCAAACACUCACCAUAUCCAUUCCUUUUGCGUCUCACAACCAAAGACUACGAACUACCCAAUUCUAUAUUUAUGCUACGUAAAGGCAAUCAUUUAAUUAUACCCACAUCAAGUAUACACAAUGAUGCCACCUACUAUAAGCAACCGGAAAAAUUUGAUCCAGAUCAUUUUCAUUCCACAAACGUACAAAACCGCCCGUUAUGUGCAUUUUUACCAUUUGGCAUGGGACCACGUUCGUGUAUGGCUCAACAAUUCAUACAACAACAAAUGUUAGUUUGUCUAGUGACACUACUUAAGCGCUACUCCUUUACACCAUGCCAGGAAACUAUAAUUCCCCUAACCUAUGACAAUGGCAAAUUACUAAAGAAACCAAAAAAAGAUAUUAAACUUAUGAUUAAAAAACUAUAAAUAUUAAAGAUGAUGAAUGUAUUUUAAAAUGAAAUGUGAAAUAUUUAAACUUUUAAAUGAUGUUAUGUAUGUGU